AUGGCCGCAUUCGUGCGAGUGAGUGGUCGCCCAAAUACAAACUAUCUGGUUGGAUACCCGGGUAUCUCUGCGACGCUACCUCGCAUUGAAGGAACCGUCGAAAUACGGCCUCUUCAUGGCAUCAGUAGUGCCGUCAAUAUCGCCAUUGUCACCAUAUCUCUCCAGCGCAAGGAGAGCAUUCACCCCCAUGCCGACUCGAUGGCGAAGAAGCAUCUGGCUGCGCCCAGGAAGGAGUCGACAGAAACGGUGGGAAAAGAGAUGCUGCUCUACAGGUGUCAGGCCAAUAAACCCUUUGAGGAGAUCAUGUUCAUGGACCUUCCUUUCGUGAUAUUCAUCCCAUUUGGAAGGGGAGGACAAGAGACACAUCGUCGCCUACCCCCAGCAAGUCUACAGCUGAAGUCGCGCACCGCUGAGACAUACUACGAGCUGGUGGUGAGUAUCGGCUACGGAAAUGGAGAUCAGAAGAAGAUGCAAUUUCCGGUGCCCAUCACUCGAUACGACACUCUUUCCACCUUCGGCAUGUACAAUCGUCCAGAAGCGGCAGAACGUGUGACAGACCAUUUGGUGACUCUGGGCAUCUCUCUUCCACGAUGGUCGUACGGCCCAAAUGACCCCGUCAGUGUCUACAUCAAACUAUCGCCAAAUCCGGACUGGCUUAGCAAGGCGAAGAAAGUGACGAUCAAAAAGAUCGAGAUCUCGGUCGACGAGGAAGUCAUCUACAACCACGAAGGCGACGAGCCCAAGCGAGUUGCUCGGUCCUUGCAGCGGCGGACUGAGCAGGUCGGCAUCAAAUUACCAGAAGGAGGCUAUUUCACCAAUAUGGGCUUUAUCUUUCCAUCUACCGACCCAAGGGAUAGCGAUGGACUUUUACCCAGGUCCAAAGAUAGAUUCCCUAUGUACGGAGUCAGCGGCUUUACAACCACGGCUGGGCUGUACAAGGUCGAAUACUACCUGACGAUAAAGGCUUCUUUGACGGGAGCGAAAGAUAUUGUCCUGAAGCAGCCCAUUGUUGUGUGUCCACUUGAUCACGCUGGAUGCAAAGCUGAAAUGGAAGCAAUUGAACAAGCAGCGAAGGACGCUGCACAUGUCAAUGCCGACAACCCGAUGCUGCCGCUCGCCACCAUAAUACGUGCUAGCGACCAUAAUGCCCUUGCUGCCCUGGGUGUGGCCAUUGUCGGCAGUGUCAAAAAGCCACUAAUCGAGUGA